CGCGCUUUAAAGGGAGCCGGUCUGGCCAGCCGUGCGAAUCUGAUCUUCAACUCAAAAUCAAAAUCAAAUCAAUAUCAAAAAUCAGAAAUCAAAAAUCACGCUGCCCAAACACGGCAACUGUGGUAACUACGGCAACUACGGUACUAUACACUCGAUACGCAGACUCUCGUCUGCUCUGCCAGUUCAGCACACAUCUCCACCGCCAGCUCCCCCGUCAUUGGCGUUCGCUCCGACCACUCGCCAUACUCUGGCCCUACACCGCCACCCGUCCGCCCCCAACACUCGCCCGCCGACACCCACAACAAAACACGGGAUGGCCUCAUACCAGCACCAGCAGCCGCCAUUCUAUGGCCAGCACGGCGGCGGCCCACAGUUCCCGCCCACGCCGAACCCGCAGGACGACUUCGCGAUGCCGUACUAUGACGCCUCCUUCGCCGCCUCCUUCGGCCACCCCUUCGACCUCACGGGCGCCACCGGCACGCACGCCUCCGGAGGCAUCCCGGCCAUGGCGCGCGGGCCCUCGCCCACCCACGAGGGCAGCGCGAGCAGCACCGGCAGCGGCCACAACUCGCGGGGCGGCCGCGGGUCGAGCGAGGAGAAAGAACUGACGCCCGGGCAGAAGCGACGGAAGGAGCAGAACCGCGCCGCACAACGCGCGUUCCGCGAGCGCAAAGAGCGCCACGUCAAAGAGCUCGAGCAGCGGCUGGCGUCGCUGGAGCAAGCGAACACGCGGGCCGCCGUGGAGAACGACAAGCUCAAGGCGGCGCUGGAGAAGACACGGCUCGAGAACCGUUUGCUGCACGAGAACACGAUUCGCGGCAGCGGCAGCAGCGGGAGCUUGGGCGGCGGCAGUGGCGGGCGGCACUCCCCGCCGCCUGAAGUCGGCCCCAUGGCGUUCAAACCGCUGGACCCAGAAUCGCUGCGCUCCAACCCGCCAGCGAAGUUUACCUCGCCGAUAUUUGGGCAGCACCCGAACCGCGGGCCGAUCCAUCGCAUCACCACCUCACCGAGCACGGGCGAGAAGCUGCUCGGCGCGGGCGCCGCCUGGGACCUUAUCAUGUGCCACCCGCUUUAUGAACAAGGCCUCGUCGAUAUUGGUGAUAUCAGCGAGAGGCUAAAGACCCUCGCUCGAUGUGAUGGGCAGGGCCCCGUCUUCGAGGAGAGUAUCAUCCUCGAUGUUAUACAGGCUAGUCGUGGCAGUGGGAGGGACGAGCUGCUCGUCGAUAGUGGGGCACGCGAUUAUUAGGCGGGCCGGCGGGCGGGAUUGUGCGGACUUGGAACUUGGAACUUGGAACUUGGAACU